AAAGGUCCGUCACUAUAAGUUCCGUGCGCAGCGGCUCCAAGUCCUUUUCAGUUGCGCUUGGAAGUGAGUUCGGAUCAUGUCAGGCGGCUCUGCGGACUAUACCAGAGACCAUGGUGGCCCAGAAGGAAUGGACCCCGAUGGUGUCAUUGAGAGCAACUGGAAUGAAAUUGUUGACAAUUUUGAUGACAUGAAUCUUAAAGAAUCUCUUCUGAGGGGAAUCUAUGCAUAUGGCUUUGAGAAACCUUCAGCUAUUCAACAAAGAGCAAUAAUACCUUGUAUUAAAGGGUAUGAUGUGAUUGCUCAAGCUCAGUCAGGUACUGGCAAGACUGCCACAUUUGCAAUUUCCAUCCUGCAGCAGCUGGAGAUAGAUCUCAAGGAGACCCAAGCUCUAGUAUUGGCUCCCACAAGAGAACUGGCUCAACAGAUUCAGAAGGUGAUUUUGGCCUUGGGUGACUAUAUGGGUGCAACUUGCCAUGCAUGUAUUGGUGGCACCAAUGUUCGCAAUGAGAUGCAGAAGCUUCAAGCAGAGGCACCUCACAUUGUUGUUGGAACUCCUGGGCGAGUGUUUGACAUGUUGAAUCGACGAUACCUUUCACCCAAAUGGAUAAAGAUGUUUGUCUUGGAUGAGGCAGAUGAAAUGUUAAGCCGUGGGUUUAAGGAUCAGAUAUAUGAAAUUUUUCAAAAACUGAGCACAAAUAUUCAGGUUGUUCUCCUGUCUGCGACAAUGCCAACAGAUGUGUUAGAAGUGACCAAAAAAUUCAUGAGGGAUCCAAUUCGUAUUCUUGUGAAAAAAGAAGAGUUGACUCUGGAGGGUAUCAAACAAUUCUACAUCAAUGUUGAGAGAGAGGAAUGGAAGCUGGAUACUCUCUGCGAUCUCUAUGAAACAUUGACCAUUACACAGGCUGUUAUUUUCCUCAAUACAAGAAGAAAAGUUGACUGGCUGACUGAAAAAAUGCAUGCAAGAGAUUUUACAGUCUCUGCUCUACAUGGUGAUAUGGACCAGAAGGAAAGAGAUGUUAUAAUGAGAGAAUUUAGAUCGGGGUCUAGUCGUGUGUUAAUAACUACAGACUUGCUGGCCCGGGGUAUUGAUGUACAGCAAGUUUCCUUGGUUAUAAACUAUGAUCUGCCAACCAAUCGUGAAAACUACAUUCACAGGAUUGGACGUGGUGGUCGCUUUGGUAGGAAAGGCGUAGCAAUUAACUUUGUUACAGAAGAGGACAAAAGGAUUCUUCGAGAUAUUGAGACUUUCUACAAUACUACAGUGGAAGAGAUGCCAAUGAAUGUGGCUGAUCUUAUUUGAUCCUUUGGAUGAGUUUGCCAUACUCGCUGUUGCUGACUUGGCGAUUCACAACGCGCAUUGUGCUUUCAUUGGAAAUAUAUUUGAAUCUUGUCUCGAUGCUCAUAACGGAUCAGAAAUCCAGAUUUUUGAUACGCAAAGUGACUGUAGUCACCUGCUCUGGAAGGAAAGCUGUGGUCUUUAUCCUCCAUCCAGAGUUUAGACUGUUGGGGUGGGUUGUAAAGCGAUGGGGUCUUUACAUUUUCUUUAUAUUAGAAAUUUAUUUCCUAGUUCUAGAGAAGCGGUUGUGUUAGAUGUUCUUUAUCACUUAAUUAUUUACUUAUGGACUAAAAGGUAUAAGUGCUGUAUAAAAUCAGCAAAUUAUGUUAAAUUAGCAUAUACACAUUUAUUGUACAUUUCAGAUGUAGACUUUACUAAAUUGAAAGGCAUAUACGUUUUUGUAUAUUUAUUAAAGUAAUAGUUUGCGCUAGACCCUAAAACCCCAACAAUCUGUCUUGGCUUAAUUGUUAAAUUGCUGCAUUGCACAUGUCUUAAAAUGAAGUUUAACUGUUUAAUAAAUUGUGUCUAUAAUUUU